UCUACUUUUUGAUAUCAGCUAUUUAAAUUUAUUCAUGCACUGUAUCCAUAGAUAAACUUGAAAGUCUUUCCCCAUCGAUAACUUGGUGAGCUCAGGCGGUUUCUUUGCUGACGACAUAAAGGCGAAAAUCUUCGUAAUUAGUUCGGCUCUACGCCAAAGAGAGGCUACGCGUCGGGAAUGUACGAUCUGAAACGAGCUGCUUCAGGAACUUUUUGUCGUACGAGUCGAUGGAAUUGCCUUACUGAUAAUUGAAGAAAUUUGCCUCUAGUGAAAGAAGAUGACAGAAUACUACGAUAUUUUAGAAGUUCCAAAGAGUGCAAGCGAACAAGAAAUCAAGAAGGCGUAAGUAUUUGUGGUUGUUUUGUGAACUUGCACAUCAAUCUUGCCUCUCGCAGUACGUAUCAUAAACGGAAGCGACUUUCGAACUUGAUCUGCCUGCCCGUUUCUGUUCAACUUUCGAAGGAACCAGAUCGUUCCUUAUUUCUUUUUCUCUUGAAAGAUCGCGUGAUAUGUUUCUUCGUGUUAAAAGAUGGAUACAUCAACUUAAAAUGUUCCUUAAAUAAGCUAAAUUCUUUCUUGCUCCUGUUGUGCUAACGGAAAUACUGACAUUCAGUUUGACUGUGUGUUUAUCCAAUAUAGCUCUUUACCUUGCUCAGUUUGCUGCAGUAUUCAGGUGUUCUCACACUUCGAAACAAUUUCUUUAGCUUGAAGUACACACUCAGUGUUUGUUUUUCGGCCUUGAUAUCGACGAAGUUACACGUUAUAUUUCGUGCCGGGUCGGUUUGUUUGUCCCAUGCAUCAAAGAUUUCAUAUAAUAAUAAUAUAAUAACAAGUCAGCCUAAGCCUUUUCACUGUAAUUUUGUGAGCUUAAUCUGAGGGAUUUAAUUAGACAAUAAUCCUCUCUUGGGAAACAUCUAUUCUUGACAUUUGAUGUAUGAUUGCCAAAAAACAACAACAAAACAAAUGCGGAGUAAUUACACUUCUCUAGGGAUACUUACAACAUACACAUACAGAAAAUACGCGAGACAUUUCCAGAUUUGCGAGUCUGCCAGAUUUUCUUUGCAAAAAAUUAAAUUUGUUCCAAGACAUUAAUGAUUCUGGAAAACUAUUUCUAACGUAAUCAAAUCCACCUAGAAUGAAAAUGUGUUUCCACCAAAAGCUGUUAAAUGUAUGCUAAUUUACAUUGAAAUGAAAUUGAACUUCUUGCACGAUUGUUACUCAUUUUCUACAAUGUUAUAGGUAUCGUAAAUUAGCUCUUAAGUGGCAUCCAGAUAAAAAUCCAGACAACAAGGAAGAGGCAGAAGAAAAAUUCAAAUUGAUAUCAGAGGCGUAUGAUGUUCUAUCAGACAGUAAGUUUUUUUGAUGUUUACAAAUUUUGAAGUCAUGGGAGAAAACAAAACAAGCCCCUUGUAAGGUGAUUUGGUUCUAUCGAAUGAGUUGAUAAUGUACAUUGGUCGCCAGAAAGAGUUUCUAAAGUGGAUGUUUCAAGCAUUAGUCCUUCAUUAGAUUGAAAGAAAACUCUCUAUGGUGGCUAGUUUACAUUAAUUUAUCAAUUCAGGUGAAAGAAAGAAAUUAUCCUGUUAUACCCUUUAUUACCACAGCAUGGUAGUUUCUUUAGAAACUCACCCCUUUUAUUCAAACUCCUAGUAAGACUGAUAGCAAGAAAGAUGAUGCUCUUGAUAAACAGGAAAGUUAGGGGUAAAGUUAUAUGGAUACACUCAGAGAGACAGCAUUUUUGCACAGUAGUUAAGGUUGCCAGGUACCAUUUUCAUUUAACUAUCUUCAGCAAUUAUUGAGAUCAUCUGAGGAAAUUUCUGCUCUGUAAUCUAUUUUGGUUUUUUUCCCCUUACUAGUUGUUUGUUCUGAGAUCAAUGAUUUGUUUGAUUGGUUAUGCAGUCACAUAUGUAGAGAAUCAAUUCAUAGAUAGCAGUGAUUGGUGGAUUUUCUAUGAUAAUGCAUUCCAUAUGGAUACUCCAGUUUUAUCUCAUAGUUAAGGGACUGUAGAGACUUGUUUGAAUACUCACAUCAAAUAGAACUUCUGGCAAACACUGACAAACAUUUCAAGUUCAGUUAUCAUUUACACUCCCUUUAUCCAAUCGCUAUACUUUGCAUGAAAUCUUACUUUCAGAAAGGUAUCUUUAUAAAAUUUUCUUUUUUCAAUUAUGGUGCAGUUUUUAAUUCUUUUCUGAGUUAAGCACUAAGGGAUAUUUCACCAAAAAACUUUUCCCAAGACUUAGUUUAGCAAGAUCCUCUGUAUCUCUUUAUUCAUUUUCAUUGUCCAUUUGUUUUAUAACAGAAGAAAAAAGAAGAACUUACGACAAGUGUGGCAAGGAAGGUUUAGCAGGUGGUUAGUUUUCAUAAUUUAUAAAACACUUUUGUACAGACAACCUUCAUAUACAGGGAGAGAUGUAGCACAAUUUCCUACCAACCAUUCUUGGCCUUAGGUCCUUUUGACACCUUAGACCAAAACACACAAGGGAUGAACGGUUAAAUUGUUCUGAUUGGUGCCUAGAGAUUAACUACCACCCUACUGCAUAUGGAGGUUGGAAAUUUGAUGAAUGCAGAAGUGUUUAAUUAAAUUAAGACAGCACAGACUUCUAGCUACUUAAACCUACUGUAGCUUGAAUAUUAGGCUAGCCUGAAUCAUAAUCAUUUCCCUGGGGUUUGUUGCACAGUUAAACCUCAAUAAACCAAGCUUUCAGAAAACUCAAUAAUCUUGACAACUGAAAGGUGUAGGUUUUUUCUUUGUACAUAUUGACAAUUUUAUUUUUGGCUCAAUUUGACACUCCACUUGAGCUCUCUUGUCAAAGUGAACCAUAUAAUUUUUUCCAAGAUGUUGUAACAACAAAGUACUGUUUACUACACAUUCUCUCUGUGGUGAACAAUGAUCAAUCAUGCCAGGUAAACAGCCUUUCCCUCUGUGUUAAAUAUAUCUAGCCAUCUUGUUCUAUCCCCUUGGAAGCUCAGAAUGUAUAUUUUUCCUGUUGAUUCAAGUUACAGGGAACCAGCUUCAUAAUAAAUUGUCCCAGAACUGAAAGUUAACAUUGUUGCAUGAUAUUUUUCUGUAACUUUUUCAUACCAAGGUGGUGGAGGAGGAAGGCCGAGUGGUGGAGGAUUUAACGAUUUCCACAAUUUCCAUUUCCGUGAUCCAGAUGAGAUAUUUAGGUAAUGACUUAGAUUUCUAAAUGUCCUCUUUGUGAAAACCAUUGUGUGACCAGCAAGAAUGCACUCUCAUUAUGCCAUUAUACCUGGUUAGAAUGUUGUGUGACCAUACUACAUGUAUGGAAUGGUAUUGUGUGAAAUUGUUGUUUGAUAAUUUGUUGUUUAAGAAAUAGAAAAACAUUAAAAUACAAAGGUAACUGUGCAUCUCUGAUAGCUUAGUAGAGAUGAUAAGGGUUGACGAUGAACUUGAAACAUACUACAAGAAAUGAUAACUUUUAAGUACAAUGCAUUUUAGCAAGCCACUCCCACUAAGUCCUCAUUUUGCACCCCCUGACCCCUCAAACCUGCUAUACAUCAUAAUUAUCUUAACCCCCUUAACCCCUAAGAGUGACUAAUAUCUAAUUUCUCCCUACAUUAUCAACUCUGAAUCAAGCAUUAAGGUCAUGAGAAUAAGAAAGUGAUCACUGAGUAAAGACAGUGUUAAACAAAUUUUCCUUGUCUUCACCAUAGGAAAUUUAUAGAGAAUAGUAUGGAAAAUACUGAUGAACAUUAGGUUGUAGAGGAUUAAAUUGAUCAUCUGAUCAUACUGUAUUAUUUCAGUCUCUGGCUGUAAACCUUUUUAUGUGGCCAAUUUGUUGCAUGGUGGUUUUAUCACUAUUCCAGUUUAAAAACCACUCUUCAGUUAAAAUGGUGUUAUAACUAUGAAUACCUGUAAUGUGUCUGAACAUUUACAAUCCCUUCAAAUGUUGUCUUUAUGUUACAUACAUGAACAUUCUUCAGUUACCAGUAGUUUCCAGUCUCUGAAAUUAGCAGUACCAUGACUACUACUUAUUAAUUACUCUGAAACUAAGUGAUUUUUUUAAAAUCAAUUUAAUUUAAAAACUAAUUUGUAUUUGCUUCAUUCAACAGAGAUUUUUUCCGGAAUGAUUCAUCCAUUUUUGAGGAGUUCUUUGGUAAGUUUUCAAGCAUCAUUGUUUGCUCCAAAUGGAAUCUGUUCUCCUCUCUUGGAAAAAAAAUUGGAAAAUAAAGUAUUGCAGAGGAAAUUUUAUUGUACCAUCAAUAAUUUAGUCUAAUUUUAUAUUAUCUGUAAUCCACUUGUAUGUGUAGUUUUACAGCAAAACAUAUUGUUGUAUUUUGUUGGCAAGUUAUUUAAACUUCCUUGAAAUAUCAAACUAAUUACAGUGUGUAUUUUCCUUAAUAUGCUUUCUUUUGCGAACAUGACAACAAUUUACUUAUAUCCUGGACAUGGGUUUCAAAUUAUUAGGUUUUAUCACAGUAACAAGUUUGAACUCCGGAGUACCAGUUGAUUAAGUUGUCUGAUUGCUGAGGUGGUUGAAGUGUCAGUCACUGCUGCCAACAACAGUCCUUUUUUCAACAUGACUUUUAAUAGCCAAUCAGGCAACAUGAUUAUCUCAAGGAUCUAUUAUUUUCAGAAGUUUCAGAUCAGGAGCUCCCUGACCCAUGAUCACUUAGAUCACACAUGCAGUAGAUGAAAAAACUGACAAAAUAAUCUUCUAUGGGCAGGGAUUCAUUUUUUUCUCCUAGCUAUUAUAUGAUAUUGUCAGACCAAUUUUUAAUAUUGACCCUUUACACCAUAUCAUCAGUAUGCAUAUUCUCCAUACUGUUCUUAUACAUUUCCUAUGGUACUGGCUAAAAGAAUUAGUUUAACAAUCAAGAACUUCUUUAGUUGAUGAUCAUUUCCUUUAUUCCCAUGACCUCAAUGUUUGUUUUAGGGGUGAUAUUGAUAGGAGAAAAUUGGUUACUAAUCACUCUUAAGGGUUAAAGGAUUAAUACAAUUGUACAAAAUGUGCAAGUUGUCCUGCCCUCUUUCAGGGAAAAACAUGAAUUUUAUACAGUCCUCUACUCACCCAUUUGGUGUGUAAUAUUUCUGUUUCUGUUUCUGGAUGUACAUGUACUGCUUGAUGUGUACUUGCAAGUACUACCAUAAAAAGGAAGGAGGAAGGGAUGAACAGAAAGAGAAAUUUAGGAAUUAAAGUUUACUUCUAAAGUGUAAUGUGGAGUUAAUUCCUGCAAAUGUCUCAUUUAUUUUUGUUUAAGAAUUUUACCCUUGUAGAUGUAAUUUUCCAAAGGUGUGCACCUUAAAUCUUUUCUUAUCAUUAUUAUUUGUUAUUUCUUGUGAUAAAUUAGGGAGAAACAGAAGCAGAAAUCAAAACAGGAUGAGACCAAGAGACCCUUUUGCAGGCUUCUCCACUUUCGGCUCAAGUUUUGGGUUUAGUGAUGGAUUUGGCAGCGAUCCUUUUGGAUCAAACAGGUAUAUGAUGAAUACCUAAAUGUUCUAAAAUUAUUCUGGCUACUAUUACCAUAAGUGAGAAAUGGCUGACCACACUGGUCCAUUCAGAAAGGGUAUAUUUAUUAGUAUUAACCCUUUUGAUCCCAAGAUCCAAUUAUGAAUUCUCUUCUCUGGUUGCUACACAUUUCCCUGUUAAUUAAUGUAGUUUCAAGAAUUUGGUGUGACAUCAAGAUAACAAUGGAUUCUCACUACCUGUUUGCUGAUUUAUGUAAGGAUAUUAUAGGGAGAAGUUACAUCCUUAUCAAUUGUGGGAGUGAAAGGGUAAACUAUUCAGUCCACUCUCCACUGGGCCUCUGCAUCUUUUUGUCUCAUCAGCUCUUUCUCUUAUCUUACAUAGACAGAAAUGCUCAACAUUUAUUUUUUCAAUUUACUGGCAGUUCUUACUUGCACUAAGGACAAAGUAGUUAAAAGAUUAAAAAGAAAAACUUCCCUUUAUCCAAUGCAAUCUGGUCUGUGAGAAACUAACACUUAAGCCUUUGAUAAUAUGCGAUGUCCAGUGCUUUAAGUUGUGACCAUUUUGGUUGCUGUGGCAACUUGAAAAAACAUUAUGGAACUGAAUUUGCAGUGUAGGUUGCCAUUUGGUGACCCAUGUUGGCUGUUUUGUAACAAGUUAACACAUUUUCAUGAAACAAAUAAUGUAGAUUCCAUAUUGGCCUGUCUGUUUGGUGAUUGAUGACAGAUUGUGUCAAAAUGUGGUACGAACAAAAAAGUGGUGCACAAGAUGCAGCCAAAACCCAAUAUGCCCAAGAUACAAAUUUAUAAAAUUCAGGUUUAAAAACAUGAAAUCUUUUAUCUCAUGAUAUCAAUACUGUUCCUUUCUUUUCUUUCAUUGUAGCUUUUCAUCUUUUCAAAGUUUUGGUGGCGGUGGGGGAUUUGGUGGCGGAUUUGGUGGCGGAGGUAAGUUUUGUUGUAUUUUGAUUUCAACUCAGAGAGCUUAAUGUGCAAGACCAUCAACCUUUCAUUCUAAAGAGUGAUUAGCAACUAUUUUCUCCCUAUGAUAACUCCCCUGAAUCAUGCAUUUGAGUAAGAAGAAUAAAGGAAAUGAUCACUAAAUAAAGAAGCUAUUGAUUGUUAAGCAAAUUCUCCUUGUUGGCACUAAAGGAAAAAUAAGGAGAACAGUAUAGAGAAUUUGUUUACUGAUGUUAUGGUGUUAAGGGUUAAAAAACCAUACUGUUAUAUGCAAGGUUGUUUAGGUUAUCAUACCUAACGAUAAUAAUCAUAACCUUUGAGAGCGGCUCACAGAACUUGGAAUUUCUUGAUUUUUUUCCAUAUUGAUUUUCCUGUGCCUGAAAAAAGUCCUUUUUGGAAAAUUAUAGCCUGUUAGCAGGUCUUUGUUAACAGUCCUUCAACAAGAGUUUUUAUUCACCUACUGGAAAGUAUGAGGUCUUUAGCAAUGCAAGCCCUUAAGAGGUCUGGCACUGCAGGUGAAAAAAGGCGCACUCUGCAAUGCUGAUAAUAAGGGCCAGUUCACAAGCUAUGGAAAUUGUGGUGGAGGUUCUGAAUAGCUGUUCUUUUUCACAUGAAACUUCCAAAUGUUGACUUCAAAUCAAUCUUCCCAGCAUAGAAAAUUUAUUAGUGAGAUUGUUGAUGAGAUUUCUACAAAGUGCUGGAAUUGUUUGGCUUAUGUUGCCACCCUUAUUUCUGAUUUCAUAGGAAUAACAUAUCUUACCCAUGUCCUGCUUAAAAGGGCCUUCACUGACCACUGUUAACUAAAGAAAAAUCUGCAAGUUUCAACUGACUUCCCUAUGCUUUGUAUGCCAGCUUUGAUGAUCCAUAGGCCUUUAUUUGUUGACACAGUAUAAUUGACAUGGUUUGGAGAGUUGUACUGAGUUCAUACAGGUUCUUUAUUUUCCAUGAGCAACCAGACUGACCAUUUUCACACAAAUGCACCUUUUUUAAUCUCUUCAAAGCAUUGCCAUGUGUUUGGUGCAAGUUUAAAAGUAUCUUUUGGGUUUCAAAGUUUGAUCCUAUUUUAGCCUUCCCAAGAAACUUUACAAUUAUUGUAGCUUAGCACCCUUAAACAUUAAAAAGCAUUUCUGAAGUUGGGAUGUGGAGGUGCGUUGGCCUCAUGGUUAGUGCGCUUGACUCCGGAUCGAGUGGUCCGGGUUGGAGCCCUGGCUGGGGUCACUGUGUUGUGUUCUUAGCAAGACACUUUACUCUCACAGUGCUUCUCUUCACCCAGGUGUACAAAUGGGUACCAGCAAAUAUGCUGGGAGUACUCCUGCAAUGGACUAGCAUCCCAUCCAGGGGGGAGUAGCAAUACUCUUAGCCGCUUCAUACUAAAGGAAACUGGAGUUAAGCACCGGCCCCAUGGGCCACUUGGGCUGCUUUACUUUUUUUUUCUUCUUUCUGAAGUUGGGAUAUGGAUGUUUCUUCAGGUAUUUCUCCAUCUUUUUCUACCUUUUCAGUAAUAUACAUUAAUUUUUAUAGAUAUAAUGCUGCACAGUAAAGACACAUGUAUCAAAUUUUAAUUGAUAUAUAACAGUUAGAUGUAUACUCAAUGAUGGUGUUUUUUAUUUUCUUCUUUCAGGAAAUUUUAAAUCCACCUCCACAUCAACAAAAGUUGUUAAUGGAAAAACUAUCACAACAAAAAAGUAAGGACAGACUGAAUUGUGUUGUCCAUUAGUUGAACAAAUCUUUAAAUACUGUAUUUCCUCGAAUAAGCGGCCAUGCUCUAGUAAGCACCCUCCCCCAAACAAAAGUACCCACCCACCUAGUUGUAGGCCAUAACGCCAAACAAGCACCCUCUUGAAUAAGGCCACCCCCCCUGUCUCUCACUUUCUUUGAUUGUGGGGAUACAAGGAGAAUUUAGUUUAAUUUAAUUUAAUUUAAUUUAAUUUUAAUUUAUUGAAAGAAAGAAACUGUUUUUAUUUCCACUCUAUGAGUAACAUUUCAAUCUUCAAUUACAGUUGAAUUAGUACAUGAGAAAAGUUUCUUUUCUGUUAAAUCAGUGAGAGUAAUUUCUAUCUCCAUGUGUUUGCAGAGAUCCUUUAUGUGUGUUAUCUGUUCUUUUAAAUUAUGUCUUAUUGCUGUGCAAACUAAAUAAGUGCCCCCUCAAUUAAGCAUCCUCCUUCCAAUACAAGCCCCUCCUUUCAGGCAACAUUGUAAAUAAGGGCAUUGGUGCUUAUUUAAGGGGAAUGUAAUAAUUAAUGAUUUUCCUUGACUGAGAAGUUGAGGAGAUAAUUGGGGAGUGUAAUAUUUCUUGGUGCUGUACAAUUAUUUGCCAUGUUUGGAGGAGUGGAAUACCAUGGAGAUUUAAUGCACCACUUUGAACAAAAAGGAUUGAUGAGGAUGAUGAUGAUGAUUGCUUGCAUGUAUGUUUGUGAGGGUGACUCAGCUAGUUAACAAGCCAACUGGAAAGGUUUUAACCCUGUAACUCCUAGAAGUGAGUCUAUCCGUUUACAACCGUUUUUCGAGACCGUUUAACGGAAAAGCGUUAGUGUCCGUUUUCCCGUGGAGGGUCACAUAUAACUUCUUCCUCAAAUAUCCAUACAUUACCCAGAAAGUAGGUAAUGAGAAUACUCAAACUUAUCAGGUAGUUGUCAUCUUCAUCAAACACCAAAUUCUCGUAACCAAUUUACAGGGAAUUUUGUAGUAGCUGAAGGAGAGCAUCAACCAUCAGAGCUUGAGAAUUAAAAAGGGUUGAUUGAAGCCAUUUCAUUCCACUGUAAGGCCUCUCUAACUGGUGUCUGUAAAUAAUUUUUCUUUUUCUUUUUCUUUUAACCCCUGAUUCUGGUGAGCUUGAUUUUGACUGACACUUUGGCCAAUACCUCUAUUACUUGUCAAACUACCAGUUUUACAGGAAAACUUAAAAUGGAAACACGUUUCUUUUCUUUCUUCGACAGAACUGUUGAAAAUGGAAAAGAAACGGUUGAAGAAUGGGAAGACAACAUCCUGAAGAGAAGAGUGGUGGAUGGAACUCUACAGCUUACAAACUGAGACAUGUUUACUUAAUACGAGCGUUAACUAUCAGAGCUAUGAAACAGGAGCCGCUGAGAAUUUUCUUUUCGCUGCAUAGAGUAGAAUGACAAGCGAUAAAAUAAAUACCCUUAUUUCCAUUUAAGUUAUUAAACGUAUUGUGAAAUAUUUUUGUAUGGAAAAUGGUAGCAUGCAAGGUAACGAAUCUGUCAAAAUGUGCUUUAUGUUUCUAAACUAGUACUUUUACUCGCAUAGAUGUACCUAGAGUUGAUCUUGUUUAUUAUAUUUUAUAUCUGAGCAGCUGCCUAAUUUUGAGUCGUUCAAUUGAAAGCUUAUUGUGUAGUACUGUCUGUGAGAGCCCUAAUUUGGUUUUUUGGUCGUGGUUCUCUUUGUAGGAAAUGAGUACUUGGUUGAAAUGACAAUGUUCAUGGCAUUUUGAGGAUUAUUUAGCUCAGCUGAGUAGUAUACAAUUAGCGCUUUUAUUAAGUAGCUAAUUUUGCUCAUAAAAGGAGCAAUCAGUAUCCGUAGUCAGGUAUACGACUCUCUCCUCUGUCAAACUGUAUGUGAACAUUACAAUAUUGAAUACACUACAUCGUUGUGUUACUCUCG